CUGCUGCGAGACUUCCGCGACGCCGCCGAGGGCUCGAGAGCGACCAAGUGCGAAAAAAAGAGAGCACGAGAGCAGGAGGGGGAUUUCCAGCUCGAGCCCCCACUUCCCGAAGCCAGCAGUUGUUUUGCUUUCGGUCUGAGCACAGAAACAGAAAUAAAGGACGGCUACACUUUCCUUUUUAGCCCGUUAAACUACAAACAAGUAAACCAGCACAACUCUAACUAUAUUCCCAGCCGGACCGCGGGAGGACACCGAAGCUACAGGCCAAAUUAACCGAACAGGCCAAAAUGCCGGUGGAGAGGAUGCGGAUGAGGCCAUGGCUGGAGGAACAGAUCAACUCCUGUCAGAUACCAGGACUCAGAUGGGUCAACAGAGAGAAGCGAAUCUUCCAGAUCCCGUGGAUGCAUGCUGCUCGUCAUGGCUGGGACCUGGAGAGAGAUGCUCCGCUGUUCAUGAAAUGGGCCAUACAUACUGGUAAGUACCAGCCGGGUGUUGAUCGUCCAGACCCAAAGACUUGGAAGGCCAAUUUCCGCUGUGCCAUGAACAGCCUGCCAGAUAUCGAAGAGGUGAAGGAUAAGAGCACGAAGAAGGGAACCAAUGCUUUCAGAGUGUACAAGAUGCUCUCCUCUUCAGAGAAAACCACCAAGAAAGGGAAGAAAAAGACUGACAAGGAAGGAGGGAGAAGCAAAGGAAACAAAGAAGGAGAUAAAGACGUAGCCCAGAUAGCCCAGGUAGCCCAGGUAGCUCCUCCAUCUCCAGAAUGGAGUCCCGCUGGAGCUCAACCUCUUAAUUUCGCCAAACAGGACAUCUUCAAUCCUGAAAUGAUUAAACAGGAAGAAGCUGAGGACAAUGUAGUGACGGACAGCACCACAGCCAUUCACAGCCCAGCAGAGAAUCAUGUGAUCACCAGUGAGCAGCUGCCGUACGUCUGUCAGACAAUCGAAGUGACCACUGAGAACGAAGAGCAUACUGUGAGCUCCUCCCACUCGUACCCGCUCCAGAUCUCUCCUGUGUCUUCAUGUUGUGACAGUGACACAGACAGUUUGCACAGUGAUACAGAAGACACCAAAGAGGGUGCCAGUGGAGUUUGGAGGUCACGCUACAGUUCCUCAGUUCUCAGGGUUCCUUCAUGUGCUCUUCCUGGCAUGGCGACCUUUGUCACAGCAGCCAAGCCCAACUUCCGGGUCACCAGCACACGAGACCCCACGCCCCUCAUCAGUUACCACACCGAUGGCUGGACGUCGGGCUACGGCCAGAACUCUCAGCUCCUUGUGCCCGCAGGGACGAGCCAUGCCCACGAGAUGCGAGCCAGCGUCAUUAUGAAGACUUCUGAUGUCACUUCCUCCUGACCUCUGACCCCCGGAUGACGGUGGGGCUUCAGCACUGCUUCCAGAGCGUAGGAAUAACAGAGAAUGUCACUUUUCCACAUCAGGGCCAAGUGGGGCUUAUCGUGGCAAGCUUCCAAACCUUUGAUUUCACUGGAGCUCCGGUUUGGGGCCAUUUUGCGUCCACCUUGGUUUUCAUAAAACAGGGGCUGCAGAUUUCCGUUAAAUACAUCAAGUUUUUGGGAGAAUGUGUUCCUGGUAGAUUGUUUGCAUCAUUCUUGUUCUGUGGUAACACUUAAGCAUACCCUAUGUUGUCUGGUAAGAGGUGGCUAGAAUUCUCCAAAGUGAGACUUACUUUUUAGUAAUAAAAAGUUGUGAAUAGUGGUGGUUUUCAUAUAAUAGCCUGUAGGCUCAUGAAUUUAAAAAUAAAUAAAAUAAUAAAAUAUCCUUAAUUUAUUAUAGCUUAUGUAGUCAGUUUCAAUUCUGUAAUUAUUUAAGGUGAACAACCAUAAAUUUAUCAGCUGUCCUGAUUUUUAGCUGUAUAGUUUCCUAUCACCUGCCAUGUUCUCUUCAUAUGGAAAGAGUCUCUGCUAAUUUGAUGCAUGUUUUUUAUAUAUAUUGUGAAAAAUUAACAAGUCUCCUACACAAAACCACCAGACUUAUGAUUUAGUAUUAUAGAUGCAGCAUGUUUUACUAAUUCUUUGACUUUUCAGAUGGUGCCAGUCACCUGUUCUCACAGUGAAAAUCAACAUAGUGCAUGCUUAAGAGCAAGCUUGGGUCACCGCAGCAGAUGAUACACUGGGGACACAUGGACGCAAAACUUGUUGUAUUCUUUUGACAAAAGCAGUCAUGUUAACAACAAGGGAUGGAGUACAAAUAUAUUAUGUGAAACUACAUCCCAGCUGGCAAAUCAGCCCUGCUGGCAGCAAGAUGCAAAAAUGAUCACAAGCAUGUUGUUUUGCCGGGACAAAUAGUGACAUUAAUAAUGUGUAAGCCCUGAUUAGCCUUGUAGUGGAAAGCAAGCAUCUGUCUGUCUGUCUGGAGACCUCAGGACCAUGUAGCCACCAACACACAGACAGAUGGACAGACAGGCUGACAACCAAGCAGAGAGAGAGAGAGAGAGGCGGACUGUGAGACUGACAGACUGACUGUGACCGACUGGCUGUGAACAUGUAUUCAUGUAUUUUCCUCUCUGCCUUCUACUGUUAAUAAUGUACAUAGCUUAUGUGUAUGUAUGUAUGUCUGCAAGCCGCUUCUGCACCUUAUGCACAGCACUGGUUUGCUCGUGUCUGUGUGUGUGUGUGAGAGAGUGUGAAAAAGAGAGAAGCCUUGUCAAAGAUGUGUGCUUUUAAAUAGUCUGUGGCUGGAUUCAAACUAAAUGUGCUUUAGUCUGCUAGUUACACACAGGCAUAACAACACACGCUACUUGGUUUUGACGGAUUGAGCACAAUAGAAGGCAUAAGGAAGUGGGCGAUAUUGGCUGUGUCUGAGCACAGAGAAAUCUUGGUUAAUCAAGCACCCUGUCUGAUGAAAGUAAAUAUUACAACUGAAUUACAAUAAUUUGAAUUCAGUUAGGACAAUUCAUGUAUAGGAAAUGUAUUUAUUAAAUGAUAAGGCAUGAUAUGAAGUGUUUGAUUUUGGUGGACAGUCUGCUUUUACGUCAGCUGCUGGGCACAUUUGAUUUCAUAAAUCGCUGCUGCACGUACAUAAAUUUCGGAGGGAUGAACACAAUCCCCCAUGCAACAUUAAAACAGAUGUGAGCAGGUGGAGCUGGAGAGGAGACGGGUUAAAACAUAGUAUCGUACCCAAGAGCACUCACUAUUGGAAUCAUCAGACUCAGAUGUAGGGUAUCAAAGGUUAUGUAAACAAUAACCAACCUGAAUAAAACCCUAAUUGUAAAGUGUGGCUAAUAUCCAGUUUACUUGUGUCCAACAUGUAAUCGGAGCCGUCGGUGGCAGAGUAUUCAGAGCAAACUAAAACUGGUCGAGUGUUGCGUUGUAUAGUCACCUAGACAUGAUCUGAGUCCACAGGAUGGUGAAAUAUACUCAUUAGUUCCUCCAUGCUUCUCUGGACAAUCCAAAUACUGUAUUUCUAUCUCUUUUUUUUAAUUACAGGUAUUUGGUAAUGUACUAUCAGGUUGUUUCUUCCUUGUACAAGGCUACUAUGCACACACUGAAAAUAUCAAGAGGGGCUUUAUGCUCUUCAAAAAUGGGUACCGGAACUUACUUUUUAUAGCGGCAUAAUCCACUGUUUGCCUUUGUUUGUUUGCUGAAAGUGUUAUUUUGGGCAGUGUUUUUCUAUGGAAGUCAAGGGAGAGAUAGAAACUAUUGUGGAUUAGCAGUCCAGUGCAACUAAUCAGGCAAUUUCACCACCUUGUGGACUCAUAUCACACUCAGGCAACUAAUACAACCCAACACUACCAAAGUUCAAUUUUGCCUGAAGAGGGAAAUGGAAAUUUCUGAGUUUAUAGGAGGAUAAAAAAAGAGAGAGGUGUUAUCACGAGAUCUGUGAGCUUGUGAAUUCACACUGACAAUUUGUUCCGCCUCCUGCCUAACAACUCUCCGCAGCUCAAAACUCACCAUUACCUAGUUGACUUGAAUGCUCCCUCCAGCUUGCACAGCUGUCACAUCACAAGUACUUCUCCUGUGCUGUCAUCGUCUCCUCCUUUCCUCUCCCCCUGAGUCGAGCACAUCAGCCUCUAGCUGUAGUAGCAGCUGCUGAACUAGAUUACUGUAUUGUGUCGCCCACUGAUUUGCAGCCCUUUUCACUCACUACCUUUAAGGCAAAACCUUCUUUUGAUACCCCAAAAUGCAAAUGAGCACACAGAAAGUUUAACUGUGGCGCUAAAAAAAUGUCAAUUGGUGUAGUUAUUUUUUCUCUUUUACAUAACCUGGUAAGAUGAUCAAACAUGUUUGUUUCUCUGAGAUAUUGUCCCACCCAGUUAUGAUCUCUUGCAGUCUAUGAUGUGUGUAUGCUGUGUUAGCAGCUAGCAGGCUAAAGCACAGUCCUGACUCCCAGCCUGCCCGACCUGCCCUCCACAGAGCUCCGGGAAGGAGCAGCUCCAAAAACACCUGUAGGAAAACAAUAAGACAAAUCACUUUUCAAAUCCAAUAGGAAUCUGUUGUAUUUGUGGAACCAGUUCUUGGAGAGUUUAACACUGGAUGCACACGGCUGUCAUGGUGAAUUGAAUCCCAGUGAUUUAGGCUCACUUGACAGCAGAUAUGGGAUUGACACUGCCAACAAAUAUUUCAUGUGUGUGCCUUCAUUAUCAGUCUUGUAGGACAAACCCAUUCUGAACACUUAGAGUGGACGGCCUAUUAGAUUGCUCCAAUAUCAUCGAGGAUGUUUCGUUUUUCUUUUCUUAUUGGACCAUGGUUACACUUCCACUGUCCAUGGAGUCGUGGAGCCGCUGUAACAGUCAUGAUACAUGGAUAAUAUUUUUAAGCAAUGUAUAUUAGCAAUUUUGUGGAUAGUCAUGACCAGCAGUGUUGUUGAUUGUGCAUAUCUCAUUUUAAGGCUGCUACGUUAUCGACAGUAAUUGUCUUUAAUUGGUCACUCCACCUCCCUGCUGAGGGCUACGUUGACCAAUUACAUUCAGGAUGUGUACAACUCAAUAGAUGUAAUGAUGAAAUUAUUUUCAUUGUUUGUAAAGCUGUCAGUCUGCUGUGUAUUAUAGGCAUUAUUUCACAUGAAAAAAUAUUUGUCAGGUUUCAAAAUCAAUCUAAGUGUACUGAUUUUGUUUUUUAUAGUUGUGAGGCUUGGGAAUAGGUCUUUUUAUUAUUAUUAUUAUUUCCAUUUCUUGCUCAGCUCAGAUUUUGAAAUGAAAUGAAAUUGAAAGUUCUAAAUUUGAGGAUCAUGACUUUCAGUCUAAUAAACAAAUAUUCAGACUUGUCAGAAAUUUA